AUGUCGACUCCGUUCUCGCGGUCUUCGCCUUCAAGUUGGGAACCUUCUACUCGUCUGGCACCAGCAAUGGCUUCCACAGCGUUGCGCAAUCCUUUACCGAGUUUACGACCAGACACUCAGCUUAAUUUCAAUCAAAGCGCGUCACGUCGAUCGGUGACUAGUCCACAAACCACAAUAGACAACUCCGUUUACCCGCGUCAGUCGGUUAGUCCUACUCAGCGUAUGACUCAAGUGAACACGAUGCCAACAUCCAAUCUUAGUGACACUUCUGAUGUGCAUUCGGACUCCAGGACGGCACAUUCUACGCGUCCGGGGAACGCGUCCGACGAGCAAAAAAAGUUGACAAAAAAAUUGUUGCACCUGUUUGAAGAAGCUGCCAACGUCGAAGACCUUGUUGCCAAAUUACAAGUGGCUGAACUCGUCGGUCGCUUGAAUACUGAAGUACUCGCUUUGUUUGUGAUGAGGGCUUGUGAAGAAGAAGGUAGCCAACUCAACGAAAAACUGCUGGAAAUUCUCGAAGAACGGAAUCUCGCAUUCUUAGUUCCAAGUCUAAGCCUGUCACAUCGACUGACCGUGCUGUUAGCCUCAGAAGGAGCAAACGACGCCCAGCAAAAUCGAGACGAAUCUGUCGCGCAAGCCUUUCUUCUCUGCAUCCAAGAGCAUACUACUCAGGAUGAUCGACAAUCCCCUGAGUUUAUUCAUGCUCUCUUACCUGCUGUGUAUGCCUAUGUGCAUCAGAUAGGUCUGGCGGAGUGUCCCUCGACCACGUCGGCGACGGAACUAUUGAAACGAGAACGUACGGCUUGGAAGGCGUUGUUGGCCACCGGUUUAUCAGAUUCGCUUCGUGGCUCACCAGAACGACAAUUGGAUGCCCUACACGCCCUACAGUUGUUUUGGAUGAGUAAAGGCAUGCCAAAAGGGUUUUUGCUGCGUUGCUUCAUGAAUCUCUAUGAUUCGGAACUCGUGGAUGAGAAUACUUUCUUUGCAUGGAAAGAAGAAAUCAAUCCAAACUAUCCGGCCAAGGGACAAGCACUUUUUGAAGUAAAUCGUUGGCUUAAUUGGCUUGCAACCGCCGAAGAAGAAGAAGACGAGGAAGACAACGAGACUAAAUUGGCUGGACGAACUAACAAGGAGAACGCCGUGCACUCACCUGAACUCAGUCAAUCUGCCGUCUCGACAGACACAGCUCCCACGCGCUCUUCAGAUUUGUGUUCAGACGAACUUUCGGAUGCGCUAACGACAGCCGAAAUGGAUGCUAUCCGCGCUUCGUCAUUUAACACUAACGGUGGCACUGGUGAGAGCAUCGCGAACGGGCCAGGCGAAUCUUUAGCCAUGCUUGUGAUGCAACAGUAA